AUGCCAACAUACGAGUGCCUUACAUGUCAUACUACUUACACUUCGGGAAAAGCCAGCCUGUUUUAUACAACAAAGAUAGCAAAAUGCCCGGACUGUCAACAGAAUGAAGCUGAUGAGGCAGAGAGAAAGAGAGCAGACCUGGAACAGGCGAAUCGAUCAUUGGCAAAGGCCGAGGUAAAAGUGAAUCAAUUACAAGAACAAGCGAAUCAAUUACGAGAACAAGCGAAUCAAUUACUGGAACAAAGGCACACAGAAGUAUUACAAGCUAAGGCUGAAAAAAAGGAGGCAGAAGCUGUAUUAAGGGCUCAACACAAAAGCGAAAUGAAUGCUUUAAAGGCUGAUGAAGAAAAAAAGAGGAAACUUGAUGUUCAAAUACAACAAGAUAAAACAGAAGCUGUUUUAAGAGCUGAGCAUAGAAAGGAAAUUGAUGCUUUGAAGGCUGGUGAAGAACAGAAAAGAAAAGAUGUCCAAGCUCAAAAAGAUAAAGCAGAAGCUGUAUUAAGAGCUGAGCAUAAAAAGGAAAUUGAUAUUUUGAAGGCUGACGAAGAAAAGAAAAGGAAAAAUAUUGAAGCGAACCUAUCACUCAAAGCUGAUUAUGAAAAAGAAAUAAUGAGAGGACAACAUGAAAAGGAGUUGUGGGAGAUAGAAAGUAAAGCUGAGCUUGAAUUGGCUAAAAUGGAGACUGAGAAGGCAGUAUUGCAAAAAGACAAGGAUUUGAUAAUUGCUAAAACCACACUUGAAAAACAAGAGCUGGCACUGAAAACUCAUAAAGAAAAGGCUGUUUUUGAGAAACAGUUUAAAGAAAAAUACGAUUCAGCAGUAGUUGAAAAAGAAAAGGAAAUAAUAAAGAGUGAAGCUGAGAAGAAGAAACUUGAGAUGGAGCUGCAGAACAAACUUGACUUGGCACGUACUGAAGCUGAUAGGCAAAAGUAUGAAACUGACAAACAAGCAGGUCUGGUCAGGAAGAAAAUGGAAAUAGCUCAGCAACAGUUUGAAGAUAGAAAGAAAAUGGCCGAAUCAAGUAAGGCAUUGAUAUUUAAAAUGGAAGAAAAAAGGUUAGCAAGUAUGACAGAAAUGCAUCAAAUGAAGAAUGAGUUUUUAAAGGAGAUAAUCCGUGAUUCGAAUGACCAAGUUGCUACAUUUAAAGAGUUGGAAGGUCAUUUUUCAGCACCAAAAGACAUUAGCUCUAAAGAUGCCUACGAGGCUGUUGUGAACAUUGAUCAAGCCUACAGCCAUACAGCUAGUAUUGCUGCACCCAUGUAUAAGCAGUUGACUGCUAUUGGUACAUGUGACGAAUCCCCUCCUGGUACAGGUGGCACAAUGAAAACACCCAUAGAUGACUCUCAAGAGCAAUUAGCAGAUGCCACAAAUGGCUCAACUUAA